GGGAGACCUCGUGGAGCGCAAGACAACUCCCAGGGCAUCGCAGCGUCCCUGGCAGCGCUUGGCUGCUGCAGGGCUGUGAGCCGGAGAACAACGCUUCGGGGCGCCUGUGCGUGCGUGCGCGCGUGCGGGACCUUGGCUGGCCUCAGACCUCAGGGGUCUUGUCUGGGGGCGGUUCCUGAUCCCCCAUAUAGUGCCCGCUAACUUUGAAAAGGAGGACUUAUGUCCUGCAAAGGUUGAGACAUAAGGGGUAGGGAAGGAAAAGGAGAGAAAACGCAACUGAGGCCGAAGGAGAAGGAACUGAUGUGGACCUCCUGAGCAGUUGGGAGGAGGACUGGACCGCGGAGAACCGGGCGGGACCUCGGAGGUGCGGGGCAAGGAGCAACGGAAGCGGUGCGGGCCGUGGCGCUGGGUCUUCUUGCACCUCGGGUCACGCCUCCUUGGCAAGAAGGCGCCUCGCCUUUGAUUGCUUCCAGUUACUGCAGAACUUCCUGCCCUGGCGGAGAAGCAGGUCUUGCUUGGGUCGCGCUCCCUCCCGGUCUGAGGCGUGAGACUGAGUUCACACGGUGCUGGGCCCCCAAAGCCAAGUGGGGUUGGGGGAAACAGAGUCUGCGAGUCCCGGCGCCCCGAGCGUAGGGCCCCGUGUUGGGCUCCUCCCUCCCUCUGUAUCCGCACCCUUGCGGGCUUUGCCCCUCCCUGGGGACCCCUCGCCAGGAGAUGGCCACGCUGAUGCGGGGCAAGGACUCCUCCCGCUGCCUGCUCCUACUGGCCGCGGUGCUGAUGGUGGAGAGCUCACAGUUCGGCAGCUCGCGGGCCAAACUCAACUCCAUCAAGUCCUCUCUGGGCGGGGAGACGCCAGCCCAGGCCGCCAAUCGAUCUGCGGGCACAUACCAAGGACUGGCUUUCGGCGGCAGUAAGAAGGGCAAAAACCUGGGGCAGGCCUACCCUUGUAGCAGUGAUAAGGAAUGUGAAGUUGGGAGAUACUGCCACAGUCCCCACCAAGGAUCUUCGGCCUGCAUGGUGUGUCGAAGGAAAAAGAAGCGCUGCCAUAGAGAUGGCAUGUGUUGUCCUGGCACCCGCUGCAAUAAUGGCAUCUGUAUCCCCGUCACUGAGAGCAUCUUAACUGCUCACAUCCCAGCUCUGGACGGCACUCGGCACAGAGAUGGAAACCACGGUCACUACUCAAACCACGACUUGGGAUGGCAGAAUCUAGGAAGAACACACACUAAGAUGUCACAUAUAAAAGGGCAUGAAGGAGACCCCUGUCUACGAUCAUCAGACUGCACUGAAGGGUUUUGCUGUGCUCGUCACUUCUGGACCAAAAUCUGCAAACCGGUGCUCCAUCAGGGAGAAGUCUGUACCAAGCAGCGCAAGAAGGGCUCUCACGGGCUGGAAAUCUUCCAGCGGUGUGACUGCGCAAAAGGCCUGUCUUGUAAAGUAUGGAAAGAUGCCACCUACUCCUCCAAAGCCAGACUCCACAUGUGCCAGAAAAUAUGACCACCUCUGAGGGAGGAAAAGCAUCACUAGCAGACUGUGAAUCUGUGUAUUUAAUACAUUAUAGCAUGGCGAUUUCAGAAGGGCUAAAAUGAGGAGUGUCACAAGAUGAUAGAUCACAGAAAGAGAAAGAAAAUGGAGCAGAUUAGAAAGGGUGACAAGUGUGGUACAAUCAGUGUGUUUCCACCAUGCACCUUGUUUAUGUAAAUAAUGUAUACAUUUGUGAAAAUGCUAUGACUCAAAAAAAAAAAAAAAUGAAAUUACUGACGAAUACCAUGUGACUUUCCAGCAGUUUAGGUUGUGCUAGAGGAGCAGUUUCCUUCACACUGGUGAUUGAUUGAUUGCCUAUAAAAAUAACCUGAAAGCCAUAUUUCUCUUUAAAGUUAUACUUUACUUUAACAACAAAAUACUCCCCAUAUAUCCUGGCAUACAAUAGACUCUAAAACAUGAAAAGAGGGGUUGUUAAAUAGGAAACGAAAGCGUGGAGCAGAGUUAAUUUGCAACACAGAAUCACCUUUUAAUUUGGAGCACUACUUCUUACCACUCAAUUAAAGACCUUCGUAGAUAGAUAAGAAAAAAAGCAGUUGAUAUUUUCCAAAUAAUAUCAAAAUAAUCACAGGUCAUUUGUCUAGUCCUUCAG